AUGUUUAUCAAUCAACCCGUAAAAACAACCAUCAAUCUUGGAUGCUCGAUAGCGGCAAAUGUAGUGAAGGUUAAACCCAGUGUGGUUUGGAAAGCGGUGAUUAUAUUUUUGGCCGAAUUCUUCGGCACAGCAGUGCUGCUGUUUGGCGGAUGCAUGGCCGGAUUGGACGGAUUCGAUAACAUCACCACUAAUGUCAGCCGAGGACUGACCUUUGGGAUGAUCGUCAUGAUGGUGUUUAUAACAUUCAGUGCCACCUCGGGAGCGAUCAUCAAUCCUGUCGUGUCGCUGGCGGCCUACAUCUAUGGGACCCUCUCGUUUCCGCUGACAGUUCUGUACAUAGUCGCUCAGUUCGGAGGAGCUCUCUGUGGCUACGGUCUUCUGCGUGCCGUCACACCGUGGAAAUACUAUCAGCGGGCCCUAGAAUACGGGGAAGGCCACUGCGUUACUGCCCCGCACGAAAGCAUCUCGACAGGUGAAGCACUUGCCGUCGAGAUACUAUUAACUGGCAUACUGGUGUGGACCAACUGUGGUAUAUGGGAUCCACGGAACAAGCGGGAUACUGACUCCGUGCCGAUCAAGUUUGCCUUACUUAUUGCGGGACUUUCCAUCGCCGGAGGUCCAAUAACCGGAGCAAGUAUGAACCCGGCCCGCUCUUUGGCGCCUGCCGUUUGGAAUUGUAACUACGAUGGACUGUGGAUCUACUUUGCUGGACCGACGAUCGGCGCGAUUUUGAUGGCGUCUAUUUAUCGGUACAUUUUUUGGCAGGAGCACAACGAACCAAACAUGAUGUCACCGUGCCAUUGUCACAGCUCAAAUCACGAAACUAGCAAUCCGAAAAGUCUACCCUAG